GGGCGCGCGAGCGGCGCACUGGGCAUGCGCGAGCGCGUCCCGGGCCCGGCGAGUCGAGCGUUCAGGUAGUGCGCCGUGGCGCCGCCUGCGACCUGCAGCUCGCUCGCCGCACUUCGGAGGCUUCGACUGCCUCUCCGACCCACGUAGGGCCCGGACCCGGGCCUCCUUGUGAACAGCGUGCCGGCUUCGCCCCACGGGUUCACCGGCUGGCUGGGCUUCACGCGCCGAGGCCGCCGCAGUGACCCCGCCCCCGGGCCGAGGAUGUGAGGCGGGCCGGGCGUCCCCACACCGGGCCCAGGCGCCGGGAGUGGGCGUCUGGGCAGCGCCGGGCGAUGGCCCUGCUGCUGGUGCUCCUCGCCUCCUGGGGCCUGGGGCAGUGAGGGGGCCGGUGGGCGUGGGCCUUGUGGCCUCGGGCGCCAUGGAGGGGGUGCUGUACAAGUGGACCAACUAUCUGAGCGGUUGGCAGCCUCGAUGGUUCCUUCUCUGUGGGGGAAUAUUGUCCUAUUAUGAUUCUCCUGAAGAUGCCUGGAAAGGUUGCAAAGGAAGCAUACAAAUGGCAGUCUGUGAAAUUCAAGUUCAUUCUGUAGAUAAUACACGCAUGGACCUGAUAAUCCCCGGGGAACAGUAUUUCUACCUGAAGGCCAGAAGUGUGGCUGAAAGACAGCGGUGGCUGGUGGCCCUGGGAUCAGCCAAGGCUUGCCUGACUGACAGUAGGACCCAGAAGGAGAAAGAGUUUGCUGAAAACACUGAAAACUUGAAAACCAAAAUGUCAGAACUAAGACUCUACUGUGACCUCCUUGUUCAGCAAGUAGAUAAAACAAAAGAAGUGACCACAACUGGUGUGUCCAAUUCAGAGGAAGGAAUUGAUGUGGGAACUUUGCUGAAAUCAACCUGUAAUACUUUUCUGAAGACCUUGGAAGAAUGCAUGCAGAUUGCAAAUGCAGCCUUCACCUCUGAGCUGCUCUACCGCACUCCACCAGGAUCACCGCAGCUGGCCAUGCUCAAGUCCAGCAAGAUGAAACAUCCUAUUAUACCAAUUCAUAAUUCAUUGGAAAGGCAAAUGGAGUUGAGCACUUGUGAAAAUGGAUCUUUAAAUAUGGAAAUAAAUGGUGAGGAAGAAAUCCUAAUGAAAAACAAGAAUUCCUUAUAUUUAAAAUCUGCAGAGAUAGACUGCAGCAUAUCAAGUGAGGAAAAUACAGAUGAUAAUAUAACAGUCCAAGGUGAAGUAAUGAAGGAAGAUGGAAUGGAAAACCUGAAAAAUCAUGACAAUAACUUGACUCAGUCUGGAUCAGACUCAAGUUGCUCUCCGGAAUUCCUCUGGGAGGAAAGCAAAGAAGUUAUCCCAACUUUCUUUAGUACCAUGAACACAAGCUUUAGUGACAUUGAACUUUUGGAAGACAGUGGCAUUCCCACAGAAGCAUUCUUGGCAUCAUGUUAUGCUGUGGUUCCAGUAUUAGACAAACUUGGCCCUACAGUGUUUGCUCCUGUUAAGAUGGAUCUUGUUGGAAAUAUUAAGAAAGUAAAUCAGAAGUAUAUAACCAACAAAGAAGAGUUUACCACUCUCCAGAAGAUAGUGCUGCACGAAGUGGAGGCGGAUGUAGCCCAGGUUAGGAACUCAGCGACUGAAGCCCUCUUGUGGCUGAAGAGAGGUCUCAAAUUUUUGAAGGGAUUUUUGACAGAAGUGAAAAAUGGGGAAAAGGAUAUCCAGACAGCCCUAAAUAACGCAUAUGGUAAAACAUUGCGGCAACACCAUGGCUGGGUAGUUCGAGGGGUUUUUGCGGUGCUGGACCAAAUGAAGCUACAGACUGCUCACCCUUACCUUCAAUACACCUUGAAUAAUCAUAAUUGCUACCAUGUAGCUAUUGGACACUUGUGUACCAGGCACUCUAACAGUUAGCUUUAAGGGCAGCUCCAUCCUAUGAAGAUUUUGUGGCCGCGUUAACCAUAAAGGAAGGUGACCACCAGAAAGAAGCUUUCAGUACUGGGAUGCAGAGGGACCUCAGCCUUUACCUCCCUGCCAUGGAGAAGCAGCUGGCCAUACUGGACACUUUGUACGAGGUCCACGGGCUGGAAUCUGAUGAGGUGGUAUGAUGGCUGCUGGGCAGCACCUCCUAACUUCAGGGAAUAAGUGCUAAAGUGUUUUGUUGCCCUACUUAAUUUCCAGCAACAGCCUCAACCCUCUCCAACCCCUUCACUUGGGGGGAUGGACAGGAGGAGGCAAAAUCCAGUGCUUUUAUAAUAUUUAAAAUGCAUAUGUGUUUUGUUUAAAGAUCAAGGUGCUAUAUAUUUCAGUUCAGCAGGCCUACUGGAAACCAAAUGAUAAGCUGCUGUAGACUUGAACAGCAAGUUAUAAGAGCAGAUUUAACAAACAAAUUUGCUGUUAUUGUGUAUUGUAUUGUUUUUAUAUUUUAGUCUAAUGGGCCACCCAAACCCAAGCUGAAAAUCAGCAAAUUCCAUAUUAAGUACCAUAAUUCAUAGCCAGUGUUUCAGCCAACUUAGACUAGACAUUUGGAGGUAGUAUAAGCUGCUUUGUUGAAGCUGUGUAGAGUUUGCUGUUCCUAGAUGUUCUUCAGUGGACCGUCUUCACUGCAACUCUGUCAGUGAUAAGGGCCUGUGUAGUAAAGAUGUUCAGGGCAUUCACAUGACCAUGCAAUUGUGGGAGGCGAAGAAGACGUGGACAGGAGUCCCAUCCUUGCUGACAGGCAUGAGACCGUUGCUCUGAGAAGAUUAAUGGUGUGCCCUAGCCCCAAGUUGGAGGGGAGAAUAUGAGAGAGGUGGGACAGGUCAUUUGAGAUGACACCUCCCAACUGCCUACCAUUUACCAGCAUGUUCCCCAUGCAUUAUCUCAAUUGGACAUCACAAGGAAUGAUACCCAAAGGGAUUAUUACCCCACUUCAAAAGCAAGGUUUAGAAGUUGAGGGAUCUGUUCACAGUCACAUAGUUUUUGAGCAGAGGAGCCAGAUAAUUUCCAAGUGUGACCUGGACUGCCUCUACAUCAAAGUCAUACGGAGUGCUUGUUCAAACAGCAGAUUCCCAGGCCUUAUUUUGGCCUGAAGAACCAGAGUCUAGGUGGUGGGACAUAGGAAUCUGCAUUUCGAUAAACUUUACACGUGAUUCUUCAGCACACAGUAUUGAAAAGCAACUAGAUUAUAUUCUAGUUUACAAAAUUACCAGUUCUUCAAGAACUAAAUGAUAUGUCCUUUUUUUUUUUUUUUUUUUUUUCAAAGAGGAAGAGGCCGCCAUUUAAAUAAAAUAGCUAAAUGGAGAGUGAGAAGUGGAGCAAGUUUACUCAGCAGCAUUCUUAAUUGAGCCAGCAUUGACACCCAGCCGGUAGGCCUUUGCAUUGCAUUCAGGGGCCAUGACUCUGAAUCUGCUUACCAAUCAAUCUCGGUUUAAUCACCAAAAGUGCAGAGCAGGCAAAAUGUAGCUGUUUAUCAAUCUCAAAAGCUUUGGGACGGUGUCAGAGUUGAAAGAUGAGACUUAAGAAAACAGUUUCUUAAACUUCUUAAAACUUAAGAAACAUUGUUUCAUAAAACAAUGUUGAGUGGGCAUUCUUCUGCACAGUGUGAUGCUCCAUCCCUGGCCCUAGUCUCAGUAGACCAUGCUGCCUCGAGUGUGCGUCGGAGAGAAGCCAUGGGUACCUUCCCCAUUAGAGGCUACUUCUAGUAACAGGAAGGGAAGUUCCAGCAUGAGGUAGUUAUCCAGGGUACAAGGUCCUUUGAGGGGCUUGGUUGAGUUGAGAGCAUCAUCUCUAGAUGAUGCUGUUCCUGCUGCAGAUCUCUAGGAUGGAGAGAAUUCUCUCUUUAGUCAGAGAAGUUUAUGUAGGGAGGGGUAUUGGUUUUGCCUUUGUGUGUCUUUAAACAAAUGAACAUUUAUUUAGCUCAGAUUAAUUAGGUAUUUUGCCCACAUAAAGACUUCUGGAAAAUACUUAAACUUGAAAAAUCAGCAUCACAUGUUUUAAAGCUAGGGAGAAAGAAGGGGGGUAUUAAAAUGAUGUUGAUUAUUUUGUAUUUUGCCAAGGUGUGUGUGUGUUAUUUCCCUCCCACUGUCAUGAGCAGUGAGCAUAGAUCUUCUCUGAUUAGUAUGAAUAUGAUGGCAGGACUCGGGGAUAGUCCCUGCCCUUGACAUAGCCCCUAAAAUGGAAAAAGAAAAAGCAGCCAGUUUUUGCUUGUACUUUGAAUGAAGACGUUUUAAGCAUUGUACCAUUUAGAGGGGAUCAUACCAGGUGGUUGUUAGAAUUGUGCAGUGUGAUCAUUCUAAACAGCUGCUGGUGCUCCCUGUCACCUCAGGUGAACUCUGUGGUCUCUUGGAGAGGUAGCACUCUGAAAAUACCUCAGGUUUGCCACCGCAGCUCUGAAUACACACAAAAGGAAAGCUGCUCAGCAUGGCCAUUUUGCAUUUGUAUAGGUUAGUGCCUAGAUGUACACAACUCAUUUUGCUGUGAAUGAGGGGCUUAAUAUUAUCUGAGAUCAUUGAGAACCCAGAUGAGACAGAAUAGCUUGAAUAAGUUACAUUUUCCAAUUACCCUUUUUCCACAUCUGUAGAAAGAGGGUAAUAUUUUUUAAUAGGUAUUUUCCCCACUGGAGCAUAUUACGUUUGCCUAAGAUGUAUAAAAGUUUGUUUAAGAUGUAUAAAAGUUUGCUUAAGGAACUGAGGAUCCUUAAAUAAAAAUAUUAGAAAUUAGAAAUUGAACCUAAUACUAAACAGUAAAUUCAGCUUAACCUGAACCUUGGCAUAGUCAGAGCUUCCUCCUACAUCUAGAGUAUUUGCUCUCUUUUAGUUAAAGUCAUAAUUUGCGCUGAUGUGUAAUCACUUUCCAAGAAGGGGGCAAUGAGAAAAGAUAUUUAAAGCUUUCUCUCCGUAGCCCUCCAAGACUUCUGGGACAACUAAAUUUACUUUCACCAUUACUGUGAGAGGAGGUGAGAAAACUCUAGUAUUUUGUUGGCAGAGUAAUCACCUUGUUCUCAUUGCUCAAAGCAUUUUUAGGAUUAUUUUUCUAGUGUAACCUUUAGAGAGAACCGGAAGAAAAAGGAAAUUGGUCUACUAGGUAUUGUAGACACAAAUAAGUAACAUUAGGCCAACCCCUUAUGAGACAUUUCCACACAAUUUCAUCGUGCCUGUACUUCUCCCUAUGGUAAAAGCCAGUGUUUACACUUUGUAGGGAUCAGGGUGUAUUUGUUGAAUUAAACAAAAUAUUUUCAAUGAUGGCAAGUCUCUUGACUUUUGAAAGCAAGUCAGAUUCCUUAUAGCUAAUGUCGGUGAAAAAUGUUAAAUUGGAGAGAUCCCUUUUGGGAGUGAAACCAAAUUGUAACUAUGAGGAGAAGAUGGUCUUCUCAUUGGCUCUUGAUGUAGCUCUGAAGGGAAUUCCAGAAGAGGAGCUCUCACAGAAUGUUGAGCCUGUGGGCCCAAGACAUUGACUUUGAAGGGUAGUUCUCAUUAGGAUGUAUAAGUGGUGGCUUGAGGCACCUUCUUACCAUUUUUUGCAUGUUAUUCUGAUUAUUAAACUUCCCCCAAUGUCAUAUUCCAUGAUGAGGGAUUUCUGAACUCCACAGUCCAGCGUUGUUGCUUUUCUCUCUUCUUUGCUACUGAAAAGUGCCAGCAGUACCGCCAUCAGCCCACCAAAUCUACCCCCACUUAUGUUUGUUCUGCCCCAUUUCUCAGCAGCUUCUAGCGCAUAUGUAGAGCAUCUGGCACCAACUUAGCCCAGGGCUGGGUGCCCGAUCAGUGGGGAUUCUGUUCCCCCACCCCCAGACUGCAAGAGCUUCUUAAGAAGGAGCCCAUAUUCCCAUUUGUAGCUGGAAAGCGGGUGAAUGACAUGACAUGGGGCACCUAGGAAAGAUGAUUAUUAGAGGAGUGCAGCUGGAAAAAUUUGCACUCUUCUCAUUUUGGUUAUUACUUUCCAAAUAUAUUAACAAAAAGUUGAUGCUUUUAACUUUAUAUUUUCAGAAAAGUGUUUUUAAUUAAAAAUAUGUGAUAGGGACCAAAUAAGUAAAGUACAUUUUUCUCCACUAAAUUUGAAGUGAGGGAAAGAGGAGCUGAAGUAAGAGAUUUUUUUUUUAAGGGAACUUAAUCUGAUUGUGAAAAUCAUACAUAUGGAGAAAUAUCAGAUAAGGCAAUAGAGUCAGAGGGUCAUGAGCAAUAGACAAUGAUGCGAGGCAUUUGGGGAACUUUCUGGAGGAAAAUUAAGUUUUUUUCCUAGCAAACUACCAUGUCCUACAAGAACUUGGUUAUAUAAUGGUGCAUCUCUGAAUCACUGAUUAAAACCAGUUGCUUCUGAUUUUAGUCACAGGUUUUACAACUAUUCAGCUCUCCCUCAUGUUUCAUUUCUUUUUUUAAGAUAAUCUAUCAACUUUUUUUAAAUUUUAAAAUUUUUAGAUGUAGAAUUUAUAAGUGAAAUAUAUUUUCAGCCAUUGUUCUGUUAGCUGAGCUGAUGUGUUUGGUCUUAGAGGGCCUGACUUCAGAUACUCUUUGUGAUCUUGUAAGGUCUCUACACAAACUUCAUUAUGUAUGGUAAAUUUGUAUUCUUAUGAAUUGUAUAUAGAAUGCUUUCGUUAGAAGUACGUUCUACUUCUGUAUGUCCCUUUGUAAUCCGCAGUUGCUUACUCAGGGGUUUCAUAGUCAUUUCAUAAAAAAUAAUUCACUAGCUGUCUAAUGGUAUUUUAAGACUAUUUAUCUGUAUUACAAGGUCAUUAGGAGUUCUUUCAACAGUUCCGUAAAUAUACUGUUUACUAGACCUUCCCUGUAAAUGUUCCCAAUUCCCAUCCUGUCUCACAGUCAAUAGUCCUGUGUACAGUGACCAUUUGCAUGAUUUCUCAUUGCACUGCUGCAUUCAGGCACUCCAGGGCAUGAUUAAACAGUCAUUAACAGUGCCUCUCUGGUACAGUUGAUGCAUGCAUUGAUCUUUCUCCUCUGCUGUUUUUAUAUAGCCUUUAAUUAAAAGGAAAAAAAUAUCACUACUCUGCAAUGCAAAAGUCUUCAAAAUUCUUUAUUUCCCGUAUUAAUCACUUCUGUUCCAGAGUGAACAAAUGUUUUCAGCUAAGCUAUGUGAGAAUGUAAGAAUAAUAUCCUGCUUGUUCUAAAUAGUUCAUAUAUUUAAAGUGUGGUCAGUAUUUCCUCCCUAUACCUUACAAACAGAAACCACCCUGGGAUGGUUGAUACCCCUUACAAAGUCGAUCUUACCCACACAGACUCCUUUGUAUGCGUGUCUGUUUAUAGGUGUAUAUGGAGUCAGUGUUGAUAGGAAGGAUGCUCUAGAAGUACUUCUGUUGUUUCCUAGAAGGCUAUGAGCCAGUUCCAUGGCAUGUUUAAUGUAUAAUUCCCAUGUAUCAUGAGAAUUUCACUAGAAUGUCAUUAAACAGCCCAACUACCUCAUGUGAAAUUGGCUGUGGACAAUCUGUGUCAGAUGAGAAAUGUGUUCAGAUAAAUUUAAUCUGGUUAAUAGAUUUAACAAAUUAAUGUCUACAUAAAGAAGAAACAUGAUAGACCAGAUGCCAAAGGCUAAAAUGUACGUAGAUUUUCUUGGAUUAAUUUUUAAGUCACUGUUUAAUUCCAUGCCUAGUAUUCUUAUGAAUGUUUGUGGUUUCAUAGAUUUAUGCACUUUGAAUAUCUGUCACGUGCAGUAUUAAUGUUACCUGUUCUUGUCUCUCAGCAUUUUGAAUGAGCAUCAUAAUCAGAGUAGAAAGCAAGUUAAACUAUAAAAAUGUCAAGUGGCUUGUUAACUUCUUAAUUUAAUGGACCUUUACUUAGAAUAUAAUAUGUUGGAGCCUCUUGGGACCAACCGAUGAGCGACAGUUUCAUGUUUAGAUUUGUAUUGUUUCUCUGUCCAAGUCCUUAUUCUCUAUCUUGUGGGGAGGGGUGACAGGGGAGGGUUUUACUUUUUUUGCAAAAAUGUUUGAAAAUACCUGUCAGAUUUUAUAUUCGUUAGUUGUAAUAAACUUAUUUUUAAAGUAUUAA